AUGAACUGCGCGCUCACGUGACGCCGCUACGUCACAUGUAAACCAGGGGCAAGAUGGCGGCGGCCGGAGGAGAGCCUUCUUCACACAAUAUGUCGGAUGAAUUAUUUCAGAACUUUAUCUCGGAGGUGAAGCAGAUUGAGAAGAGAGACUCUGUGUUAACCUCCAAGCAGCAGAUUGACAGAUUGCUCAGACCUGGCGCGUCCUACUUCAACCUCAAUCCCUUUGAGGUGCUGCAAAUUGAUCCAGAUGCAACAGAUGACGAACUCAAGAAAAGAUUUCGUGCGUUGUCCAUUUUGGUCCAUCCAGACAAAAAUCAGGAUGAUCCAGACAGAGCACAGAAAGCCUUUGAAGCUGUGGACAAAGCAUACAAACUCCUACUGGAUCCAGAUCAGAAGAAGAGAGCCCUAGAUGUGAUCCAUGCAGGAAAGGAAUAUGUGGAGCAUAUGGUAAAGGAGAAAAAGAAACAGUUGAAGAAGGAUGGCAAACUGUUGGACGUGGAGGAGGACGACCCUGAAAUGUUCAGACAAGCAGUGUACAAACAGACCAUGAAGCUGUUCGCAGAGCUUGAAAUCAAGAGGAAGGAAAGGGAAGCAAAGGACAUGCAUGAAAGAAAAAGGGCAAGAGAGGAAGAAAUCGAAGCAGCAGAGAAAGCAAAGCGAGAGAGAGAAUGGCAGAAGAACUUUGAGGAAACAAGAGAUGGCCGUGUGGAUAGUUGGCGGACCUUCCAGGCCAAAGGCAAGAAGAGCAAAGAGAAAAAGAACAGGUCCUUCCUUAAGCCCCCGAAAGUCAAGAUGGAGCAGAGGGAAUGAUGCAGUAAAAUGAGACUUUAUUAGAUUAACUUCACUGUUCUGAAAACUCCAGUUCUGUGUAUCGUCACCUCGUCGUCAUCACACAGCCAUCGGGAUACUACGACAGCAUCCUCGUCCUGACCCUGACAAACGUAGUUUUGUACUUGGUUUUUCUAAUGUACAUAUUUCUGAUCGGGAUCCAGAGAUCAUACCUGCCUCAUGUAAGAAAGAGAAAUGAUGCAUCUUCCACUCAUGUAACGACGAGAAAAAUGUGGUUUGUCAUUGUGUUCUUUUCUUCUUUUUUUUUAAAAAAACACACAAAAUAAAGCUUGGUCUUAACAAGCCUA